UUAACCACAUGGUUGUUAAAAGUGUGUUUUAAUUGGUUUUAUCACGCAGUGUCCAUUAUAAUUUUCUUUAAAAAGUUGUAUCAUUAGUGAACUUCUUCAAUUUAUCAUGUCGGACGUACCAGAUCUUAGUAGUGAUGAAGAUCAAUACGACGAAGAGGAGUGGCAAGAAAUGGAUACCAGCAAUUCUUCAAUUACUUGUUUGUUUUGCACAACUGCACUGCCUACAAUUGAAGAAGGUAUCUUACAUUGUGAGAAAAACCAUAAUUUUAACUUAAGUGCUCUUAAAUCAAAACACCACAUGGAUUGCUAUUCAUAUAUUAAAUUGAUAAAUUAUAUUAAAACACAUAAAGCAAAAUCUGAAGAUAUAAUGAGCUCAGAAACGGCCACUUGGAAUGAUGAUAAAUAUUUAAAACCUGUUGGUAAUGACGAAUGGUUGAUGUAUGAUUUUGAUUCAUUGGCAGAAAAUAUCAGUUCACCAAAAUCUUAUCAUGCUAAUGUAGAGAAUGGCUUAGUUACAUUGUCACAAGCUCAUUUUCUUGAACUUCAAAGGACGAUACAAACACUUUCGGAACAACUUAAAGAGUCACAGACACAUCUGCAGAUGGCAAGAGAAGAUAUGAGUAAGAUGCAAAGUUCAAUGAAAACAAUUGUUGAAGGUAAUACAAAUUCUAUUGGAAAUGAAAAUUUAACAGUUGAUUGUGUCUCCAAAGUACCCCUAGAAUGUGACGAAGGAUACUUUAGUAGUUACGCACACUUUGGUAUUCAUUAUGACAUGCUCUCCGAUAAGGUACGCACAGAAAGUUAUAAAAAUGCAAUAUUAUAUAAUAAAGACACAUUUAAAAAUAAGACUGUAUUGGAUUUAGGAUGUGGGACAGGCAUUUUAUCAAUGUUCUGUGCCACCGCUGGGUCUAAAAAAGUAUAUGCAUUAGACCAAUCUGAAAUUAUUUAUCAUGCUAUGGAUAUUAUCACGGAAAACAAUUUUUCAAAUGAAAUUAAAACUAUAAAAGGCCGACUUGAAGAUACAAAGUUGGAUGAAAAAGUUGACAUAAUUGUGUCCGAGUGGAUGGGAUAUUUUCUGCUUUUUGAAGGAAUGUUAGACAGUGUUAUAUAUGCUAGAGAUAAUUAUCUCAACCCUGGAGGUAUAUUGUUACCGAAUCAAUGCAACAUAAGUUUAGUUGCAAAUGGUGAUAUUGACACACAUAAAAAACUAAUCAACUUCUGGUCAGAUGUAUAUGGAUAUAAAAUGAAUUGUAUGAAAUCAGAAGUUGUCAGAGAAGCGAGUGUCGAAGUUGUGGAUUCAAAAAACAUUAUUUCCAAACCCUGUGUUGUUAAAGACAUUGAUAUAAAUACUUGUAAUGUAAAAGUAGUAGAUUUCACAUCACCAUUUGAACUUCGAAUAACACGGGAUGGUUUUAUUACAUCCCUUAUAGGUUAUUUUGAUGCAUUCUUUAAUUUACCAACACCAGUAAGCUUUUCAACGGGCCCUCAUGUUACACCAACACAUUGGAAGCAAACAUUGUUUUAUUUUAAAGAUUGUAAGGAAGUGAAAAAUGGUGAUAUAAUUAAGGGCACAAUAACAUGUAGUCGUUUAAAAACAGAUGUAAGAGGACUUCUUGUGCAAAUUGAUAUAUUUGGUAAAAUCCACAAGUAUAUUUUAAGUUAAACCGUUGGAAAUAUUUAGGUGUUAACUUCAAGCUGUGGUGUCAAUGCAUUUAUAAUUGUCAC